CUUUCAUUUGAGAAGGAACUUUUGUGUUGAUCCCAAUUCUGGAACUUCCUUUCCAGAAUGUAUUUCUCAGCACUGAUUAAUGCUCUACAUAGUACUACACACGAAAAUCAAGACAAAAUAUGAAAUCCUUUCCUCUCUAUCCUUUCACUUUCCCUCUAAAAACUCAUUUUCAACAAAACCGUACACAACCCAAACAUUAACCAGUACGAUCAACACGUCCGAAUGAGGCCGGGGAAAGAGGAGGACGAGUGGUGGAACGACGAAACGAUUAUGGAGCUAGGGUUAAAGCCGCCGGAGGAUCUCCGUUGCAGAAGGUCAGACGGCAAGAAAUGGAGGUGCAACGGCUAUAGGAUCCAAGGUAAAUCCCUGUGCCAGAAGCAUUUUCUUAAACCACGUAUAGAACAUUUACGCCGCGAGAAAAUCUCUUCCGGAAGGGUUUCAGCAGUCAAGAGGGCGAGAAAGAGAGAAGAAGAUGAGUCGUCAACCGUAGUGAAACCGCAGAAGAAACCGCGGGUAAGACGCAAUCUAAUAAGGGACAGCGAUACGAGUGAUUCUGGUGAGGGUGAGACGCAUGGUUUAAGUGAAGAACCAGAGAAUGUAAAGCCUGUGAAGAAAUCUCCUUUAUGUGAGACGAAAAUAGGGAGAAAUGAAGAAGGUUACGAGGAGAAUGAAGUUGCUACAUCGUUGAGGAUGAUGAAAGAUAGUAGUGUGAAAGUUGAAAAUAAGGAUAGUUUAGAUGAUCAGAUAAAAAUAGGGGGUAAGGGUGAAAAGAAGGAAGGUCUGUUGUUUAAUGAGGGAUUUUCGGGUAGGAAAGAGGAAAAGAAUGUCAGUGCCAAUGAAUCAGAGAAGAAAGAUUGUUCCAAUUUGAUCAAAUCUGCUGGAAAGUGUGUCACAACUGAAUCUUCUUCGAAAGAAAAGGAUAGAAUGAAAGGGAUUUCACAAGAGGAAGAAGAACGUGGGAAUGUUGAGAGGGAUAGCUAUGAGAAUAAACCUGAAGGUGAGAAGGUUUGUGGAGUGGUUAAAAAAGGGAUUGAAUAUGAUUUAAGGAAAACGAGGUUGAAGGGGAAUAGAGAGGAUAUUCCAAGUGCCGAGGAGGAGAAAGAUGGUAACUUUUGUAAUUUAAAGAGGAAGCAUUCAGCUAAAUCACUGGAAUCUCUUGCAAAAGGUGUUAAAACUGCAUCUUUACUUGGGAGAAACAAUGGAAAAUUACCAGAGAAGAAAAGAGUGGAAGUUUCUUUGAAAAAGCAGAAUGAUGAUGAGCAGGAUUACUGUGAAGAUCCAAAGGGCGUAAAAAAUAAUAAGGGUAAAAACAAGAAGGUCGACAAAAGGAGGAGGCAUUUUGAUCCUGAUAACUCAGAUGAUGAUUGCCAGAUGUGCCAUCAGUGCAUGAAAAGUGAUCGAAAGGUUGUUAGGUGUCGAAAGGGAUGCCUCAAACGCUAUUGUAGCCCUUGUAUUCAGAGAUGGUACCCUCAUCUGUCAGAGGAAGCAAUUGCUGAGCAAUGCCCAUUUUGUCGUGAGAACUGCAAUUGCAAAGAUUGUUUACGCAAAAAUAUUGUCCCUAAGGAUCCAAAAUAUUUAGGAAUACCACUGGAAAACAACGAAAAAAUUAUAUGCUUGAAGUAUCUUGUGAAUGCACUUCAUCCAUUUUUGAGAGCAUUUAUCCGUGAUCAAACCAUAGAAAAGGAGAUGGAGGCAAAGAUAAAAGGAUUGUCACUGUCACGGGUGACGAUACCAAAAGCUACCUGUUAUGAGGAUGAGCGCGUUUACUGUAACAAUUGCAACACCUCCAUUGUUGAUCUCCAUAGAAAUUGUUCGAUUUGUUCUUAUGAUCUCUGUCUGGCCUGCUGUCAGGAAAUUCGAGAAGGUUGUUUUCUUAGAGAUUGUGCAGAAGAAGAUAGAAAGCUCCCUGAGUGGAAAGCGACAGAAACUGGUGAUAUCCCUUGCCCACCAAAGGAAAGAGGUGGUUGUGGAAAUAAUCGCCUGGUUCUUCAGAGUUUCUUUGGUGAAAAGCGGAUUCAACAGAUAAAGAGGGAGGUUGAAAACUUAGUCAAAGCAAAUUCAUCUGCCAAUGAGACCCGCUCCAUUGAAGAACAUUGUACCUGUAACUCUAAAAGUAGAAGAAAAGCAGCUUCCAGAUCCGGUUCUGAUGACAAUUAUUUGUUCUGCCCUUCUGCAAAAGACAUACAGGAAGGGCACCUGGAACACUUCCAGACACAUUGGAGAAUGGGAGAACCUGUUAUUGUAAGCAGUGUUCUUGAACUUGCGUCUGGAUUAAGCUGGGAACCAAUGGUCAUGUGGCGUGCAUUCCGUAACAUAGCAAUCAAGGAGGGCUCAUCAGAUUUGGUGGUGACAGCAGUUGAUUGUCUUGAUUGGUGUGAGGUGGAUAUAAAUAUUCAUCAAUUUUUUAAGGGUUAUGUUGAAGGUCGAAGGCACCCAACUUUCUGGCCCGAAAUGCUUAAGCUUAAGGACUGGCCCCCAUCUACAGAAUUCGAGGAGCGGUUGCCACGGCAUGGAGCAGAAUUCAUUAGAGCCUUGCCAUACAAAGAAUACACACAUCCCCAUUCUGGUAUUCUUAAUGUUGCUUCCAAACUCCCAGAUGGUAUACUGAAGCCAGAUCUGGGUCCAAAAACAUAUAUAGCAUAUGGAUUUGCCGAGGAACUUGGACGCGGAGAUUCUGUGACAAAGCUUCAUUGUGAUAUGUCUGAUGCGGUGAAUGUUUUAAUGCAUACUGCUGAUGUAUCUAUCGACAAGUGGCAGCUUUCAAAAAUUGAUAAGUUGAAGCAAAAAUACGCUCAAGAAGAACUGUAUAGUGCCAAUAGAGAUGAUCAUCCAGUUCCUAAGAGUGAUUUUGCAUCUGCAAAACAAGAAAAAGCGAGUGAUUCUUUUCCCUCUGAGCAGAGUGUGCAAUUGGAGGGCAGUUUAUCUUCUGAUCAGGUGGUUGCUCUUGGAAACAAGUUUGACGGAUCAGAGGAAGAAAAUGGUGGUGCAGUCUGGGAUAUCUUUAGGAGACAGGAUGUUCCCAAGCUCGAGGAAUAUCUUAAAGAGCACUACAAGGAAUUCAGGCAUACACUUGAUUCUCCGGUGGACCAGGUUGUUCAUCCAAUUCAUGAUCAAGUUUUCUACUUAACCGCAUAUCACAUGAAGAAACUCAAGCAAGAGUUUGGCAUUGAACCGUGGACAUUUGUACAAAAACUUGGAGAAGCAGUUUUCAUACCUGCUGGUUGUCCCCAUCAAGUUAGAAAUCUUAAGUCAUGUAUAAAGGUUGCUCUUGAUUUUGUCUCACCUGAAAAUGUGGGCGAGUGCAUUCGCUUGACUGAGGAAUUUCGUCUUCUUCCCGGAAAGCACAGGGCUAAAGAGGACAAAUUGGAGGUGAAGAAGAUGGCUUUAUAUGCACUGGAGAAGGCUGUAGCUGAUCUAAAGGAUCUUGAAUGUAAUGACAGAAUCAAGGUUCAGCAACCACAUUUGAGUACUGAGUAGUCUUGUUCAAACUAAAGAGUGAGUGAAAUAGUUUCAUUCUGUCAUCGAUGUACAUAUGCUUGUGAAGCACCUGACUAUUAUCUGGUGAUCAUGAAUAGAGUGCUACAAAUGACUCCUGUAUAUCAAUCUAAUCUUUACUGCCUCAGCCAAAACUUGGAUGCUAAGCACAUUAGCCGUGAUGCAUCUUACAGUUCCAACUUAGAAACACUAGGAGAUUCAGGGAUCUACAGUGUCAUUGCUGUCAUUGGCAAUAUGAAUGGUUUUUGUUUCACAGGGUAAACUAGCAAAGCUUUAAGCUUGUAUCUUAUUUUGAAACUUUUGUUGACCUGAUUUAGUGGAUUUGCCUUUUGAAUCCAA